UUUGUUCGGGGAAAAUGAGUUUGCAGAAUUGGCAACGCGGGUAGUGCAUGAGCGUGAGUAGUGGUGUUAGGUUAGUGGGUCCCCGCCCGUUGAGGGUCGCUCCUUGAUCUCCAGAGACCAUACUGUGGAACUCGGCUGUGAUACGUAGAGCGCAGUAGCCGCCGCCGCCGUCGGGCCCGCACACCAUGCCGCCAUGGAUGUGAGUGUCAAGAUGGACGUGGACGAGAGCUGCGGCGCCGGCGACGGGCCGCUGUCGCCGGUGCCGGCGGCGGCCGCGCGCCGGCCCAAGCCCAUCCCGCCGCCGCUGGACCUGCGGAUGCCGGCGUCGCCCGGUCUCUGUCCGCCGCGCACCGCCAUCCCGGUCAUCUCGCCCAGCAGCCCGUACCACCAGAAGAACCUGCCCUUCCGCAAGCGAGCGUUCAGCUGGUCGAACCUGAAGCUGGAGGACGGCUGCGGCGGCGGCUGCGGCGGCGUGGCCGAGGAGGCGCCCGCCUCACCGGCGCCUCCGCCGCCCUCCGGUCUGCUGCUGUCGCCGCGACCGCUUGUGCGCGUGGACGUGCCGUCGCGCUCGGUGCCGUGCACGCCGCAGCUGCCGCUGCUGACGCCCACCAGCCUGCUGAGCCCUGCGCCGUCGCACGUCUCGUCGGCCGGCAGCAGCCAGGAGGAGAUCCGCAGCACCGACCGCUUCCUGUUCCCGCCGGCCGGCGCGCCCGUCUCGCCGCACGCCUGGCAGGCGUCCGUCUGGCACGCCUUCAUGGCCGGCACCAAGAUCAGUUUCCAGCUGUCGGAGCCGUACUGGGUGCCGGUGGAGGAAGUGGCGCGUCGCGACGGCUCGGACGCGCCCUACGGCCUGCUGCUGAAGGCCGUGCACACUGACGUGGCCGGCUUGGAGCCGGACCGCUGCAUCCUGCACAUGCAGGCCAUCUACACGGCCCAGCCGGACUUCCUGGCCGCCUGCCUCGUCCAGCAGCCGUUCUUCGUGCAGAACCACGGCUGGUCGUCGCUGUCGCCGGAGCAGACGUUCGAGCAGUGCUCGGUGCCGUGCCGCGAGCUGCGCCAGGGCGACGUGUGCCUGAUGAGCGGCGGCCCGCUGCACUCGCCGCGGCCGCUGGGCCUGGCGCCGCCGCUCUCGGCCACCCAGACACCGCCGGGCUCGCCGCCCGUCAAGCCCAAGCGGCCCAUGAACGGGUUCAUGCUGUUCGCCAAGAAGUACCGCGUAGAGCUGAUUAACCAGCACCCGGGCAAAGACAACAGGGCCAUCAGCGUCAUGCUGGGCGAAACCUGGAAGGCGCUGCCGCAGGAGGAGCGCGAACGCUUCACGCAGCAGGCGCGCGUGCUGGCCGAAGAGAAGAAGCGCAUGUACCCGGACUGCUGGAAGCGCAAGCGGUCGGUGUCGGCGAGCUGA